AUGGACUCCGCCCCCGAACUUAAUGGAAUUUGGUGCCAAUGGAGGGUUUGCCGUCCAGGAACAGCCCAGCCACACGGCUUUGGCUUGCCUGGAAGCUUGGCCAGUCCUCAUUUCUCGUGGUCACAGCUGCCGCCAUUGAAUGACGCCGCUUCGCUAGGCUUGACACCUGCUACGUCCCCUAUGCUGAACUCUGCGACCUUCUCAUAUUUUUUCGAGCAGGUGGAACCACCAUUCAUCGCCAACAUCGAUACUCUUAAUUGGAAACCGAUGAAACAAUAUAUGGUCGAUCUGGCUUGCCGUCAUCCAGUUGUAUGGCAAGCAAUCUCUGCUGUCGAGUCGCUGUACAAAGCCAAGGCGAACUACGACGACAACAUGAAUUCCAUGGCAGCCUAUUAUGCUGCAAAGGGUGGGUAUGCUAGUAUGCUGGAACGAGGCGGGGAUGACCCCGAGACGUUCAUGGUCGUCACCUUCUUGCUCUGCUGCUUCGAAAUCGUGGCGCAACACGAGACGGUAUCCAUUACGCUAAAGCCAGAAGGCGCGCUGGUAGCGAAUCUGGAAGCCUGGGAGGCUAUUGCCCCGUACGCAUGGUCUCCAGUUCUACGUCGCCUCCAAGCGUGGUUCCAAAUCCUUCACGCCAGGACCCUGCAUCUGGGAGGUCGUGGCCUCCUGUCUCCCAAGGUGAGCAGGCUCCUGAAGGGCAACCAUCAAGGACAGACACCUGCCCUUAACCCCCUGGAAGAUCAAACUCCCGACCCAGAUCAGGCAAUCGUGCGCGACCUCUCCAGCACACUUUUCGAGUUUUACCUCGAAGUACAAGACAUCAGUAUCCAGAUCACGGGAUUGAACCGUCAUCACCGCUCGCGAGGGUUUCAAACUGAUGAGCGUGAAGUUGAAGAAGUGGCUGAGAAGAUCCAAGAAUCUCUCGAUUACUUAUGGCAACGGCGGCCGGCAUUGUUGCGUGCAGAAAGACAACAGCUACAAGAGCACCUCUCCCCGACCCUAAGAGGUCCACUCAACCGGCUCGUCGAUCUAUGUACCACUGCUUACUAUACCGAGAUCAUCUACCUGGGCCGUGCCCACGGUAAAACCCCUUCUGCGUCGCCGGAAGCGCUUCAGGCCAUGCACCGCAUUCACCACAUAGUCGAUUCUCGCUUCGAGAGAUCCAAAUUGGAUCCCGGCUUCAUAUGGCCGUUAUUCAUGUACGCGGUCGAGCAUCCAGACGCGGACCAUUGUCAUUGGGCAGUCGAAACACUACGCGAGGUAAGAAACCCGAUUUGGCACAGCGACUUUGUGGCAAAUCUCGCCCAGGGCAUAAGUGAGGAGCAGGUUGCGCGGGCGAAAAGGGUUGAUACCAGAUACUUCUGCCUAGAACGGUUCAGCAUGCCGCCUCCAUUCAUCUAG